CGAUUUGUUGCUUAUUCUUUAAAUACAUUUGCUGUAUUUGUAACUCUCUGAAAAUUUAAUUUUCAGUGCAAAAUGAGUGAUGUGAAACAUCAAAUUUUGGAUCUAGAGAUUGAUAAGAAAGUCAAAUCGAGUUCUAGUUCGAUCAUUCAAGGGUUAUGCUCAAUUCAACUUUUAUCUAUGAUCGCAGUUACCGCACACCACACAGCCAUGCCAUUUUUUGUACAAAUGGCUAAUACGAGCCAUUUCCUUCCGACAACUUCGGUUUUUAUGAUGGAAGUUUUGAAGUUAUUAUUUUGCCUGAUAAUUGUUUUAUUUAAAACAAAAAGUUUUGAGAAAACUGGCAAAAAGCUAUACGAACACAUUUGGAAAAAUCGAGUGGAAACCUUGAAAGUGUCGGUUCCAGCAGUGGUAUAUGCUAUUCAGAACAAUUUAUACUACAUUGCACUCGCGAAUAUUGAUGCGACAACUUAUUCGGUAACUGUCCAAUUACGCAUAUUGACCACCGCCCUUUUAUCCGUCAUUAUAUUAAACCAAAAGCUCUCCAAUUAUCAAUGGCUGGCUCAGGGUAUGGCUCUCAUCGGUGUGGUUCUUGUGCAGAUUGACAAUUCUAACCCCCAUGGGAAAGUAUUCGGAAAUUUCUGGCUAGGGAUAACGGCUGUGUUUGGUAUGUGCUGGACAAGUGGCUUUGCUGGUGUCUACUUUGAAAAAAUGCUGAAAGAAUCGUCAGCUGACGUGUGGGUUCAGAAUAUCCGGCUUUCAACUUUAACACUGCUUUUUGCUGGGAUCACAAUGCUCUCUACAGACGGAGAAGCCGUUCUUACAGGAAAAAUGUUCUUUGGCUGGAAUUGGAUAGUGUGGUUUGUUACAAUUGGUAAUUCAAUCGUAGGUCUUUGCAUUUCGUUGGUAAUGAAGUACGCCGAUAAUGUGAUGAAGACGUAUUGCCAAUCGCUUGCAAUAGGCCUCACAGCAAUUGUGUCCAUAUUCCUUGGUGACCGAACUCUUAGUAUAGAUCUCAUUUACGGAGUUCUACUUGUCACAUCUUCUAUUGUGGUAUACUCACGGUUCCCGGCUACUACAUCUACAAAAUAUGAGCCACUGGAACAGGACAGCGACGCAGAAAAAAAUUAAGAAAAUUUAUCGUUACUAUAUAUUUGUUUGUACUAUUGGUUUUCCACGGAAUAAAUACAAUUUAAUCAAA